CUAUGGCGGUUGCCACCGUGGCUGAGCUGAGAGGUCGUCCUCCUCUCUGUGCGCUGCGGAAGCGCGCUCGAGACAAGAGCUGCAGGCUCGGGAGCGCGCGUCGUCCUCUUGCAUGGAUGGGAUCGUCGAGAGGGGCGCGAAUGAAAGGCCGGUGUAAGGUUUCCCUCCUCUGUCCAGGCGUCUACAAGCAGCAGCCUCACAGAUAAACUGAGCUGCCCUCCUGCAGGAAGACCGCUGUCCACACUGCUUCUGCUUGAGGAAACAUACUUAGGCCAGUGCUGCCAGGCCAAUGCUACAGCUUGUUUCUUAUCGCCUUUCUCCCAGUGCAAACAAGUAGUUAACAGUCUAACUUUUACUAAUAACAGCCCAACAGCAGCUCUUUUUGAUUUGCUGUAAUGUGGAUGCCUGAAAAGCUGGAAACAAGACUCCAGUGAAGAAAAGCCUGAAAAAAUCUGAUUUUUCACCUUUGUUCGAUCACGUGGAAUCAUGGGGGCCUCAGGAUAUACCUACUACCGUGUCGCCAUCUUCCUCUGCAUGUUUACCGGCUACUCGCUGUACUUCUUUAACAGGAAGACCUUCUCCUUUGUCAUGCCCUCUGUGAUGGAAGAGAUCGAACUGGACAAAGAUGACCUAGGUAUGAUCACCAGUAGUCAGACCAUGGCCUACGCCAUCAGUAAGUUCAUCAGUGGUGUGCUGUCGGAUCAGAUCAGUGCUCGCUGGCUCUUCUCCAUCGGCCUCUUUGUGGUUGGCGGCAUCAACGUGGCCUUCUCCUGGUCCUCCACGGUGUCCAUGUUCUCUCUGUUCUGGUUCAUUAACGGCCUGGGUCAGGGCUGCGGGUGGCCUCCCUGUGGGAAGGUGCUGCGCAAGUGGUUCGAGCCGUCUCAGUUUGGGACCUGGUGGUCUGUCCUCUCCUGCAGUAUGAACCUGGCUGGGAGUCUGGGUCCAAUCCUGGUUACAGUGCUGCUGCAGUACUAUGACUGGAGGACUAUUAUGACCAUGUCGGGUGUCUUCUGUGCUGCCUUCUCCUUAGUUUGUCUGGUGUUUGUGAAGAAUGAGCCGAAGGAUGUGGGUCUGCCCAGCAUCGAGGCCGCGGCCAAGAAGGGGGCGAAGGGAGGAAACAGUGAGAGCACCCUGAAAGAGUUCCUCCUGUCCCCCUUCCUGUGGGUGCUCUCUCUGGGGUACCUGGUGGUGUUUGGGGUGAAGACGGCUGCCACCGACUGGGGACAGCUGUUCCUCAUGCAGGAGAAAGGCCAGACUGCUCUCAUGGGCAGCACCUACAUGAGCGCUCUGGAGGUCGGAGGUUUUGUGGGCAGCCUGGCGUCGGGUUUCAUCACGGACAGAGCCGUGGCUAGGCAAGGCCUAGGCACCCACGGAAACCCUCGGCAUGGUCUGCUCAUCCUCAUGAUGGGUGGGAUGUACGUGUCCAUGUACCUCUUCAGAGUCACCAUCACUCCAGAAAUCCCAAAGGAGGCUCCUCUGUGGGUCCAAGCCAUUCACCCCAUCUCUGUCCUCAUUGGUGUGUCAGAGAAAGAGAUUUGGAUCCUCUUCCUUGGUGCUAUGUUUGGAUUUUCUUCUUACGGACCAAUUGCCUUGUUUGGGGUGAUAGCGAGCGAAAGUGCUCCUUCAAACUUCUGUGGGACAUCUCAUGCCAUUGUAGCUCUGAUGGCUAAUGUUGGUGCUUUUAUUGCCGGGCUUCCCUUCAGCACUGUUGCCAAGCAACACAGCUGGGACAUGGCAUUCUGGGUAGCCGAGGUGGUUAUGGCCGUCACCACCGUUUGCUUCUUCCUAGUACGCAACAUGCGCACAAAGAUGGGACGGAUCGCAGAGAAAUUGGACUAAUUAAUCUUCCUGGAGUACUCACAGUGAUGAUGUCCUGUAAUACGACCACACAGACUGUGUUCUUGCACUCUUGACUGCGCUGUAAACAGAAAACUGCACAUGAAUGCAACUCCAAUCUGACCAAACGAAACUAACGCCGAACAGACUAAUCUCAGAAAUUUUGACUGAUUUAUCGGGUAGACGCUCAGGAUGGAUGUCGGUCGUUACCCUCUUUAGGAACACAAUCAGGAACAUGUCAUACACAAACAUUUGCCCUCUUAUACACCAGCACAGAAACAGAGUAAUAGUAAUUAUUCAUAUUAGAAUAGAUUUCAGUGCUUCCUAUUCAGUAAUGAAGGUUAGAGAGGCUUUAAUAUAUUAAACAUUUAAACUGAGGUUUGUAAGGAUGAAGAGGGUGUGUGCUGCUCGUUGCACAACUUGCCUUCAGUGCAGGUCAGCUCUAUUUAUUGAAUGUUCACUGAAGAGCCUGUAUAUUCUAGACUAUUAUACGUCUAGGUAUUUGCACAUAAGUGGUAGCAUGUGUCACAGUCAUUUUACUGAUACCUCAAGUAUUUGUUAAAAUGUAUGAGGCUCAGUAUUUCAGUAUUAUAACGAAAUAGGAAAUCGUGUUAUUUUUAUACACAGUUCUGUGCUACAUGAUAAGGAAUUACAUUUGGUAGCCCAUGAGAGCUUUUGUAACCUGUUUAUAAAGAUUAAAUAUUUGUUACAGGUGUUUUGUCACUGCCACUGUGUGUACUGUUAACUUUCUCAUCUCUAAAAUAUGUAAUAAUGACAAUAAUGAGCCUACACUCAGUGCCAUGUCGGCAUAACCUAAUGUAUCUCACUGGAACUGUUUGAUGCACCUGAAAGAGUUAAGGGCAUCUCAAUAAAUGUGAAGAUUACUUUCUUG